AUGAGUCGCUCGAUUGCAAGCAAUAAUGUGCGGGUUUUAGAACCUUUCCGAGUGUUCAGCAAUUACUACGCUCCGGAUAAACGCAAGAAUCUCACAGAUAAGGUUUUGAAAUCGGCUGUCAUCGCAAUUGCUGCCAGAAUCAACAAUCAAUCUAGUGGAUCGAAAUACCGUAAGUACCGCCGGCCAUCAGCAAGGAGAAGUGGUGUUUGGUGGGAUGUUGAUGCAAUCUGGUUUAUUGACUAUCCGGCCUCCAUCUACGUUCGUCCGCUGACCCGUUCGUCUCCCAUUGAUGGAACUUUUUUGUUGGCAAACACAGAAAUUUACAGAAAUUGUUUUGUUGUUAUGUUUUUGGAUAAAUUUUUCGCAGAAAAUUUUCUGCAAAAAACUGAGUUUAUUGGCACCGAUGCAUACUUAGCU